AGAUCAUAUUCAUUAGGUUCGAAGAAGUCUUCUCCAAUAUCGUGAUGAACACAGGCGCGCCGAAGGUACACACAGCCUCAGCUGAGUUUGUCAUAAAUCCUCCGUUCUGUUCUCUUCGGACCUUACUGGCCGUGUUUCCCCCGCUUAUUGAGACCUCGAUCAUUUUUUAUAAUUCACUGCUAGACCCCAUCCACCCCCACAGGAUCCUGGGGACCAGGUCAGCGACGCAAGGAUGUCUGAAUCUUCCGAUAUUCAACCCAUCAUAAAUGGAUUCAUCGAUGACGUUCGACCUCAGUACAUUCUCGUAGUCGCCAUCGCACCGUUCUGCGGUUGUCUGUUGACGCUACUGGUCAUCUUAUUCGCCUUCUCGACGCCCGCGUCACGGAGUCUUCUAGUCUUCAAGCUCAAUGUGGUCGCUAUCCUGGUUGCACUCGUGACAAGUAUCCUAAAUGGCUACAUAAACGCGCGAGGACUCUUAGAUCCUUUCGCACCCGAAAUCGCCUUCAGUAUAUGUUUCACUUUCGCGCUCUUUGCCCUUGGCUCUCCCUUAUUCUAUGAUUCGAUUCUCCUCCUGCGCGUCUUGGCAUUCUAUCCCAUCCGCUCGACGCCGCCGCUCAUGUUGGCAAAAGUGUUGACCGUCCCUAUACUUGUCAAGUGUGGGCGACUCGUGUGUUUGUCGUUGUUCCUUCAUGACUACUACGUCAAGUCCGCGAUAUAUGGGCCUGCUACCGAUUGGUUUCGGAAUCCGUAUGUCACAAGCGAGUGGGUAUUGCAAGUUAUCGAUAAUAUGUACUCAUGUGGUUUCUUUCUGUACGAGCUGUACGCCCGUGGUUCCAUGAUAUCCAAGUUUAGAUCAGGAACCACCAUGAUCCGUCUGAUCCGUAACAUCUUCCUCAUCUCCUGUGCCAACUUCGUCUUCCCCGUGAUCUUCAACAUUGCCCAAAUUAUUUGCAUUACUACAGCUCGAUCAUACCUCGCCACUACGCUUCUGCUGCUCAUCAAUGGACAUGUGAGUGUGAUCGGGGUGCUAGGGGCAACAAUAUGGGCACGUGCCCAGAGCUAUACAAAGGCAAACCAAGGAGAGUCGCAAAGCGUUGGAGGGGGGAAACCGCGGUCGGGAUGCAAUUGCGAAUCAACAUUUUCUCAAACUGUUCCAGGAUUACUUACCAUCACAUCAUGUGGGCCUUAUCUGUCUGCUCACCAGGAGACUUUGGAAUAUGAAAAGGGAGCCGCGUACGACGUCAUCGUCCGUACUGACAGGUUUUCUCGGGGUCGAGCGAGUCCUAGUUCUAGUGAUAUAAUACACGAAGAUGUCUUCCACGUCGCUUAGAAAUUGAAUCUGCCUUGUUCGAAGCCACAUCGAGAAAUAAUCUGCUUAGAGGUGACGUCUUAUACAUAUACCAUGUGGACUUGUCGAAGUGUAACUCAGUCGUGAUUUGUGUACAG